AUGGUGAAAAUUAUUCCAGAUAGUGUGGGAAAACUAUGGAACGAAUGGGACGUUAGGAUUAUGGUUGUUAUCAGCCUGUGCUUACAAAUCCUGCUAAUACUCUUUGGAAGUCGACGCAAGUACAUUGCAAAACCCUGGCUCAGAAUCGUCACUCGGACGGCAUACUUAUCAGCAGAUUGGGUUGCCGCAGUUGCCCUCGGAAUGAUAUCCAGCUUCCAACAAGGAGAAAAUGAUCCAGAAAGUUCCACACAUUCAAACAGCAGACAGAACCUGAUGGUUUUUUGGGUGCCCUUUCUUCUGCUUCACCUCGGCGGCCCGGACACCAUCACUGCUUACUCAUUGGAGGACAAUGCGCUCUGUCUGAGGCACCUCUUGGGCUUACUUGUGCAGGUUGGAACGGCUUUAUACAUCUUUUUACAGUCAUGGACAGCAAGCCAGUACCAGCUGUCCUCACUAGCAAUACCGAUUUUUGUUUCCGGAAUUAUCAAGUAUGGGGAGAGGACUUGGGUCCUGCGUUCUGCAAGCAGUGAGAGAUUUAGGGAGCUGUUGCUCCCACCCCCUAACCAAAGUGAUUAUGCUGAGUUUGCCACUGAAUAUUAUUCCAAAGAAAUUCGGGGAGAGCCUGCAGCUUUCUCUUUGAUCCCUGAAGCUCCAUUUAUACCUGGAGUUCACCCCACUAUUGCUGAAGCCAAACCUCUCCAUGAAGCCUAUCAAUUAUUCAAAAUCUUAAAGCGUCUCUAUGCAGAUUUGAUCCUUGAUCAUUAUGAUGAACUAUGGUGCAAUUACAUGAUCAGCGACCAUCCAUUCGAUUACGUUUUCAAACUACUGGAGAUUGAGCUUGGCUUUAUGUAUGAUGUGCUGUACACAAAGGCAAACAUAGUGUAUUCUCUCACAGGUAUCAUUUUCCGCUCCAUCAGCCUCGUUUGCUGCAUUUCCACAUUUUUCGUCUAUUGUCUCGUCAUUGAUAAGCAUCAUUAUUCAACCAUUGAUGUGGCUAUCACUUACUUGUUGUCUGUUGGAGCCAUUGCCCUUGAGCUAUAUGCUAUCGCUGCUCUAGUUCUCACAGACUGGACACAAUAUUGGUUAAGCAAGUAUAAACAUUGGUUAACCAGCCUAAAUAUUGGUUAA